AUGGCCUCAGCUACAGUUACCAAGAAGCUGAGGGAGGAAGCUACCUGCCCCAUCUGCCUGGACCUGAUGUCUGAGCCUGUGACUAUCAACUGUGGGCACAACUACUGCCGCAGGUGCAUAGUGGACCUUAUUGAGAGUCAAACUUCUUAUACAUCAUCACGGGGGACAUUUCAUUGUCCUCAGUGUAGGAAACCUUUUAAAAGUGAUCAUCUUCGGCCCAACAAGCAGCUGGGAAAUAUCAUUGAAACCAUCAAGGAGACAGACAAUGAAAGGUUGUGUGAGAAACAUGGAGAGCAGCUCCACCUGUUCUGUGAGGAUGAUGGUCAGCUCAUCUGCUGGCGCUGUGAGCGGUCACCACAGCACAGAGGACACGUCACUGCUCUUGCUGAAGAUGCAUGUCAGGGCUACAAGGAACAGCUAAAAGGAGCAGUGAGAAGACUGAACAUCAUACUCUUCAAAUAUAUGCAACUGAAGCAAGACACAACUCAGAAAAUAAGUAGUUGGGAGGAGAAGAUAAAACAUGAGAAAGAAAGAAUCCAUUCUGAAUUUACGAAUCUUCACACAUUCCUGCAUCAGGAGGAGGAGUUACAUAUGUGUCGACUGGAGAAAGAAAGAGUGCAGAAACUGAGCAGUCUGCAGGGCAAUGUAGCCCAUCUGGACAAUAGAGUACAGGAACUCAGGAACCACAUCCAGGAACUGGAUAAGAAAUGUCAGGACUCACCACAGAAUUUGCUGCAGGAUAUAAAAGACACCUUGAGCAGGAACUCAGCUAUCAAUCUGGAAAAACCAGAGGAUGUUUCUUUGAAGGUGCAUACUGUGUGCAAUGUUUCUGCACUUUACUUUAGUGUGAGAAAAGUUUUAAAGUGCUAUCAAGACAAUGUUACUCUGGAUCCAGUUACUGCUCAUCAAGAUUUAUGUCUGUAUCACAAUCCAACAACAGUGACUUCCUUUGGAAGCUUAUCGACGUUUGAAACUCCUAGACAAUUUAGUGCCUUUCCCUGUAUCCUGGGCCAUGAGCACUUCACCUCAGGAAGACAUUACUUUGAAGUGGAUGUGAGAAAAGGAACCAAGUGGAGUGUAGGAGUUUGUCUGGAAAAUGUGCCAUGGGACAUUGACAUUGAACGACAGCCUCAGUCUGGGUUCUGGGUCAUCAGAAUGGCAAAGGACAAGGGCAACUUAGUCCUUACUUAUCCCCCAAUCACCCAUCCUCUGAUGGACCAGCCUCAAAUCGUAGGGAUUACUCUAGACUGUGACGCUGGGAUCAUAUCCUUCUACAAUGCAACUACUGGUUCCCACAUCUACACCUUCCCAAAGGCCUCCUUCUCUCAUGCUCUCAGACCUUACUUUGAGGUUCAUCCAUUUUCUUCUUUGUCCCUGAUUUACUCAAAUGAGUAA